AUGGAGAUGAGCGCAUCACAAUUGUCCAGAGAACUUUGUAAACGGUUUCUCAAUUUUGAUCGCGAAUACAUGAAAAUUUGCACGAAUAACAACAGCGCAGAGAAAUUGACGCUUGAAAAGAAUUUGGUAUCCAAAACAAUUGAAGAAUCACUGAUCGAUAUGAAGAUUCCAAAUGUAGAGCCCAAAGUGAAGGCCGUAGUCAAUGACAUCAACGGAAAUAUUUUUUUGGAAAUCGAUUAUGGAAUGUGGCGCAUGUCUCAAAAUGCGCAGCCAAUUGCUGGGGAUGAUGAAAUUGAUGGAAAUAAAUCGACACCAAAAUCGACUGAUAAUGCUGUUCCAGACCAGGUGUGGUCAGAUUCACUAAAGAUCGAUCAAAAGGUGUUGACUUCAUUGCCUACAUUCAGUCACAAGCGUAAGCGAGAAAAUUUUCACACACGGUCCAUGGACGAUGCUAUUGUUGAUUCAGGUGUUUACAGUGAUUUAGAUGAUACAGUGCCGCCGAAAGACAAAAGACAAAAGAGAAGCGAAAGUGUUGACGGCCAAGCAUUCCAGUGUGAAUUUUGUUCGUGUCAUUUUGCAAGCCAGAAGUACUUAUUCUAUCAUCAGUUGAAAAAACAUUUUGAGAAACACCCAUUCCGUUGUUCAAUAUGCGAGCGGGGAUUUAACAGCCAAAGCGACACCGAUGAACAUGAAAAAGAGCGUAAAUGUAGCCCAUGGUUAGAAUGUGAUGUAUGUGAACAUAAAGCUUGGGACAAAUAUGGAUUAACAGUACACAAGAGAACACACACGGGUGAAAAGCCAUUCAAAUGUGAUAAUUGCGACUUCACUACCAAAUUUAGUGGCAAUCUUGAGAAGCAUCUUGAAACUGUGCAUAAAGCUGUCCGAAAGUAG